AUGAACAUUUUCGCUGGCGCUUGCAGCACGCUUCUCAGUGCCAUCGCCAAAAUAAUUGUCCUCACAGGGGGUUGUGACUGUAGAAGCAUCCAUGUUCUACAAUUGGCAGCACGGGAACAUCAGCGCGCACUUCCCGAAUCCAACAUCUGCAGAGCCUCAUGGCAUCCUCGAAGCGGAGCUAAGGCGCAAGUGCUGAACUCCUUGCCGGAAAACCACGUCCUUACCGAAAGGAUCCAGUAUUACGUUGGUCCUACAACGACCAGGCACAUGCGGUACCGGAUGAUGGCGGAUGCAGCCGAGCUCUUGAGUGCUGGCUUGGCCACGCUCAUCAACAAGCCGUUUCUGGGAGGAGAGUAUGACGUGGUCCUCCAAAUUUCGCCGAUUUCAGGCUUCUCGUCGGACUUUGCCAGCCCACCUUCGGGGCCCUUGGGGGCACUGGCUCACGUGGUUCCAAGACCUGGCGCCAAAGGCUUGACGUACAUCGUGGUCGGCGGUGAGGGCGCGACAAAUUUUCCCCGGGAUGAGCUCCACAUAGGAUUCAAGAAGUACAUGACAGAGAAAGGUUUUUCGGCCGUGCACGUUGAGAAGGCCAAUUACCUGAACUGGGAGAAAGCAAUGUUCGAGACAUUCCCGCCGAAGCUGACAGAGCUCGUGCUGGAUGAUGAGUGGAACAAGGCAGUUGGCCGAAUACCUCCCAUGGUUGCGAAUCUCUUCGUGCGCUUCCGUGUGAACACCCUGGUGAACUACGAAGUUGUUGAUCGCGCCUUCGCAGCCUUUGAAGAGGAUCUGCGAGGAACGCCAGACUAUGUUCGCGCCACGAAGUGGUAUAUCUCCGUGGAGAAGAAGGUACUCCAGAGCAUCCGCGACACGUAUGUCAAGAUCUCGCGAGAGUCAGACAACAAGUCAAAAGAUACCUUUGGCAACGUCCCUGUCAGCGAGAAGGUGAAGGGGAUGAAGAUGUCUUGGGAAUCGAUCUGUUCCCGAGUGUGCGUCAGAGACAUCUUGGCGAGCACGGACAUCACAGAGACGACCUUCUCCAAGCAGACGGUGGAUGACGUCAUGGGACAUGCAAUUACCAACAUGACGAGCAAACUGCUGAAAAUCUAUGCCUUCAACAGGUAUGUCAGUGGUCGUGACCCAGACGUCGCUCAGUUGGAGCCGUACCUCUUGGGGACCAAGGACACCUCGCCCAUGGACUUUCGAAAUUUCCCGGAGCUGCACGGCGACAUCUCGGCCAUCCAGAAGGAG